ACAAUGAUACCUACCGCUCGUCAUUACGAGUCCGAUAAGAGAGGAGAGAAGCAGAGGGGAGAAAAUUUAGGGCUUCUUCGUUGUGAUCCGAUUCUCCUCCCCUCUGCCUCUCUUCUCCCCAGUCAGAUCCUCUCUCUCGCCCCGCUGAUUCGUUCGUUCGUAAGAGAGGACGAUGGGGAGAGAUUCCAAGUACUCGUUGUCGAGAUGGGAGGCGGCGGCGGCGGCCGGUGUGGUGGCGAGCUUCGGAUUGGUCUUGGUCGCCGUGUAUCUUUCGAUGCCGUCCUCCGACUAUAGUUUCCUCAAAUUGCCCCGCUCGGUCGAGGACAUCCAGGAUCUGAGGGAUAAUCUUGAGAGUUACACAAGUGACUACACCAUACAGGUUUUGGUGGGCUACUGCACAGUCUACAUUUUUAUGCAGACUUUUAUGAUUCCAGGGACCAUUUUUAUGUCCCUUCUGGCCGGAGCCCUUUUCGGAGUUCUGCGAGGCGUAGCUUUAGUCGUCUUUGCUGCCACAGCUGGUGCAUCUUCAUGUUAUUUCUUGUCAUAUCUGAUAGGAAGACCCCUGGUGUUCUCGUUGUGGCCAGACAAGCUCAGUUUUUUCCAAGAACAGGUGGCUAAAAGAAGAGAGAAGCUGUUGAAUUACAUGCUUUUCCUCAGAGUCACCCCUACACUGCCAAAUACUUUUAUCAAUGUUGCUUCACCAAUAGUAGAUGUGCCAUACCACAUAUUCUUCCUGGCAACGAUCAUUGGGCUCAUCCCAGCUGCUUAUGUCACAGUCAGGGCUGGAAUUGCCCUUGGAGAAUUAAGAUCUGUGGCCGACCUAUAUGAUUUCCAAGCAAUAGCAACACUAUUCUUUAUAGGGAUUGUUUCGGUGACACCCACGUUGAUAAACAAAAGUCAAACUGGAAAUGAUGCAUAGGAAAGAAAAUGAAGCUGGCAUUGUUUGUGUGAUCAUCACAACUGUUCCCUCCAAGUCUUGCAGCAGAUUUCCGGACUGGAAUUUCCAAAAUGGAGGUCGUCAGUCAUGAUUAUUUGCUGCUGAUUCUGGGGAGGGAGGAUACAAUAUAUGUAAAUAUGCGUAGACCUGAUUUGUGUUUUUGGAUUUCCAGUUCAUUGUAAAUGCUUCGUUUAUAUUUUUAUUUUGGUGGGUUUAUUUUUCA